UCGAAUCGUGCCAGAAUGUCGCCACUAAAGCGCCUCCCGGGAGUCGCACUCCUUCUUCUAAUUCUAAGCCACGACUUAGAGUCCGCCGUCAUCGUCGCACGCCAAGAUUCCCCUGCACCUCUGGACACGGUCGUCAACAUCAACGGUUUGGGUUUGGUUAGAGGUGGGCUAGGCCAUACGGCUCGUACCAAUCAGACCAUCAUCCAGUUCUACAACAUCCCCUACGCGGAGGCUCCCAUCGGGUCACGACGAUUCAAGGCUCCGGUGAAGGCGAACCCAUGGGACGACGUUCGGGACGUGAGUGCUCCGGGUCGGGAAUGUCCCCAACCUGUCGAAGGUAUGAAUCAGGUCGAUGAAAACUGCCUCUCGUUAUCGGUGUUUACCAAAAAUACAACAGGCAACUUACCUGUCAUGGUUUACAUCCACGGUGGAUCGCUAUACCUUGGAGCAGCAGUACAGCACCCUCCGAAUUAUCUGAUGGAACGAGACGUCAUCCUUGUCGUAAUCCAGUAUCGCCUUGGACCUUUGGGUUUUCUGUCGACCUUAAGCGAAGUCAUUCCAGGGAACGCUGGAAUGCUGGACAUGAUCAUGGCCCUGGAAUGGGUUCAGGAUCACAUUGUCCAAUUCGGAGGCAAUCCGGAGCGAGUGACGGUUUUUGGACAGUCCGCUGGAGCCGCUGCCAUUUCGGCAAUGCUGUACAGUCCACUAGUUUCGCAGAAACUAUUCAGUCAAGUUAUUUUACAAUCCGGUGGAUCAAUGGCAACUUGGGCGGUCGAUCCCAAUCCAGUGGCGAACGCAAUAGAUAUAGCAAAGUACGCUGGGUGCAAUGAGAAUGCACCUUUGGUACAGAUCGAACAGUGCUUGAUGGCAGUGGGUGUGGAGGAUUUGGUUAAAGCCUUACCGCUGCAUGCUGCUAGCCAGUACACGACAAGUGGGAUGGACAACAUCGGAGGGUGUGGAUUGGUCAUUGGAGGACCGUCGGGUUUCCUACAGAGGAAACCCUUGGAAUAUGUCCGCCGUGGUGAAGUUCGUCGAGACGUUCGAAUGAUGGGAGGAGUUACCCAACAGGAUGGUUCAUUCGUAGUCAAUGGCAUCUACGACGGAUUGAUGGCCAUGAAAAUGAUCAACGAUUCCAAGUUCAUCCAGUAUGAUCUUCUCGAUAUGAUCAAUCGCUACACCGGCCUAGAAGACUACUCGGGAGCUCUGUCGGCAUUUGAAAUUGAAGCCUUAUUCAGCGCCGACGAUCUCAAGAGUGGGAAUUUUACCCAGAUGGUCAACGGGCUGAUUGAUGUUGCCGGUGCCAUCGUUAUCAAAGCUCCCCUGCUGAGAGAUAUCCAGACAAAUGUGCGAUACAGCGAGGAGGGAACCUAUCUGUAUUCGUUCGAUUACGUCGGGGAGCAUACACGAUUCGGCUACGGGGAUGAUACUUCACACUAUCCGUAUGGGGGUGGUAUUCACCACUCGAAUGAUAACAUCUAUCUGUUCCCCUUUCCGGACUUUGCCGCAGAAUUGAAUGUGGCCGAUACGAAAAUGUCGGAAACGAUGGUUGAUUUGUGGACUUCGUUUGCCAUCGAUGGGGUUCCCAAGUCGAAAAGCGUUCCGGACUGGAAGCCGGUUAACAGUGUGGUGGGCCCCUACAUGCACAUCAACGUGCCAGCCAGCAUGGGUCAAAAUUUUUAUCGGGAGUUUUCGGUGACGGCUACGGCUAAGUCAAGUGCUUUCGGAGUGGACUAUACCCUACUGUCAUUGGUGUCCAUUUUAGCAAUAGUUUUGCAAUGGAACUAACCAGCUUGAACUAUCAAUUCAUCCAAACUAACAAUAAUCGAUAAGAA